AUGUCCUCUACCUCCUCUAAUCACACAGCCCCUUCCAAAAAAUAUUCAUUAGUCGACGCGGAGCACAGUUAUUUCUAUAUUCCACCAUGCAAAUCGAUUGUUCACUCGGAAAAACCUCUGACCGUAUUUAUGGAACGAAACACUGUCGACGGUAUCGAAUUGGAAUGGAUCAAACACUCCCCUCUUACAGUGGUCAUCUACAUUCUCGUCGCACUUCUGACAGUCUUGUACUACGCCACGUGUUUCGUGUUUCAGUAUGGAAAUUAUUUGCCGAAAGCGACGAGAAAUAGUGUUUUCGACGAAGCAUUCCUGACGCGCGUCGUCAUCGUGCAAUGGCUCGUUCUUCUCGCCAUCUUGACUUCUGGAGUCUUCCUCUACCGUCGUCUUUUCAUGCCACUCUACAUUUUUAUGUCGGUGAUGGCCACGAAUGGGACACUCGUGCUGUUUGUGUUGAAAGUGAAGCAGUUGGUGGAUGAGAAGAUUACGAUUAUGGACAUCUCGUUGAACCUGCUCGGACUGCUCCUCUUCUGCGCACUGCUUCACGACAUUGUCUAUUUCUACGCCAUCCAUCUGAAACUCAUCGAAUCCCGUCCGUCGUUCGCCUUCCCACACAUCAGUCGUCAAUCUGGAACACUACCCAACCAGUACUCCACAAUUCAUUCCGACGCUUCUCCAUUACCCAACAAAACGUCAAUCGAUAUUGUGUGA